AUGGCCAACAUCGCUCCCCGCAUGGUUGACUCUUCUACCGAGAAGCUAGCUAUGACCAUCACAGGUUCCACACUCCGACCCCCGUCCGUGCAGCUGGACACGGAUGCCCACGGAGAUGAUGCACCAUCUUCGGUUCGGCGCGGCUGGUCAGGCUGGCUAGCGGAGGACAUCAGCACCAGCUCCAUGGUUCCUACCUUGAUCCUGCAGGCAUUCGCCACUGGCAUUCUGGACGCGACGACAUAUGCCGACUUCUUGACGUUCGCAUCAAACCAAACGGGAAACACCAUCCUGCUGUGCGUGGCGGCGAUAGGGACAACCACGACGGGUAUGGCCAGUGCGGGCGGAGGCGGAAUUAGGCUGGUCUUGACUGCGAUCUCCCUUGGAUGCUUCCUGGGCUUUGCAGGGAUCUUUGGGCACUUGGGUCACCUGAUGGGCACGCGCCGCCGGUCCUGGCUCCUCCUCACCAACAUCGCUCAAUUCCUCAUCCUCUUUAUCGCUCUCCUACUCCUCGUCCUCCCCUCUACACCCCUCUUCCACGUCGGCGCGACACACGAAUGGCUCCCCCUCGCCCUCUUUGCGGGUAUGUCGGGCGCCCAGGUCGCGCAGGCUCGGCAAUCAGGUAGCGCAGAGCUUCCCACUGCACCCAUGACGUCGUCGUACGUCGACCUCGUCUCGGACCAACAUCUCUUCCGGGGUCUUCGGGACCCGCGGGCGGGACCAAGGAACAAGAGGCUGGCGUAUAUUGCGGUGAUGGUGGGUGGUGGGAUGCUGGGCGCUGUGAUUCACAGAUGGGCGGGAACCGGUGCAGUAGUGGGUGUCACGCUGGCGUUGAAGGGGAUUGUGACUGUAUGGAUCGCCCUGCUGAAGGGUGACCAGGUGUCAGGGAUGAAGAAUGUCGCUGCGGGAGCUGGUAAAGCGUAG